CGCCGACCGUUCGUGAUCAGUCGGAGCGGGAUCCAAGGGCGCAGGUCGGGUCGCCGACUGGUGGGAGCAAGAAGAGAGUUCCUUGCAAACUGCAUGGACUGGUAAGAAAACAUUCUGAAAAAUGCCCCUCUUUGGCAAAGUAAUAGUUAUCAAGCGUACUGGAGCAGAUGGAUACAAUUUUCCUUUGACGUCAUCUUCAUGUUUGUUUGGAAGGAAAUCAGACUGUGACAUACGUAUCCAGUUGCCUCAUGUUUCAAAAGAGCACUGUAAGCUUGAAGUGAAUGAAAAUAAUGAGGUUAUUCUAACUAAUUUGAGUGAAGUGAAUCAAACACUGUUAAAUGGUAAAAUUGUACAUCAUUCUGAAAGACUCAAACAUCGCGAUACAUUUACAGUUAUUGAUCGUUCUUUCAGAUUUGAGUACCCCUUGGAUUCGGUGCACAACACUAGCCCAAGGAAAAAACGGAAUUCAUCAACCUUGAAGAAUGAAACUCUACAAGUUCUUCAUGUUCAACAGGGAGUAGAUGGUGAUUCACAAUCUUCUAUUAAGGAUCAUUCGUCCUCGAGUGAACAAAAAUCUGAUAAGAUAAAAGUGGAUAAAGGCUUCAGAGUACCAACAAAAUCUCCAAAGGUUACACCAGACAGAAGGGAAGAUCCUGGUCUACAGAACCAGCACAGAAGGAACUUCACAAAGAUACUUGAUAAUGGGAAAGCUACAGAUCCAGAAAGUUUCUCACCUUUUACUGCACUUUAUGAAAUGGUCAAGCAGCAGGCCACAAGUGAAAUUCAGACUAAAUCAAACAAAGUUGUGUUUGAAUCAGUUGAAGAAGGCAGUACUGACUUGAUAAAGCAAACAUGUAUUCCAGAAAAGGAAUCCAAUGUCACAAUUUCUCAAAAUGGUAAAAAUCCUCGGGCAUCAGCAAGUGGACAAAUGUCAAGGAGGAUAAGUAAGACUAUACUGGAAGAGGGAAUGAUGGCAAAAGAAGAUGAAAGUAAAGAUAUGAGGGAAUUGAAUCCUCUGCUUAUUGAAGAUUUUGCAGCCACAGCCUUUUCAGUAUCAACUGCUGACAUAAACACUCCCAAGAAAAACAAAAUGGACAAAUGUACAGAACAGCCCUCUUCUGAUGCAAAUGUUACAUCAAUAACACUCUUAGCAAAGAGUGCAAAUGGGAAAGAGCAAGAUAAUGAUCAGAUAACCAAAGGUACACCAAAAGGAAAAGACAAGAGCCAAUUUAUCAAUCGCAAAUCGUUAACUUUGGGUGCAACUCCGAAGAAUUUUGAAGAUAGUAUGGAGCCAUCUGUGGAAAAAGAACAAAAUAUGGUUGUGAAACACACAUCUUUUGAAAUGGAACACAUACCUGGUAACAUAAAGAAGAAAAAAGGUGAAACUCCAAAAAUUUCGGUCAAGAAGUCAAUGUGUAGCAAAAAUGUGGAAGGUGCAGAUAUUGGAUCAGAGCAAGAUGAAUCUACAAAGUUUUCAGAACCUUCAGUUGCAAAAUCUGGGGUGGAAAAUUACUUGGUUCGCGUGGAACAUACACCUGUUAGAAAAGAUGAGGAAAAUGUUGACACCCCGAAAAGACGAGGCAGACCAUCACUACGUCAUAAAAAUAUGGGUGGUGCAGAUACUGAGUCAGAGCAAGUUGAAUCUACAAAUAUUUUGGAAUCUUCAGUUGCAAAAUCGGGCAUGGAAAAUAAUACAGUCAACUUGGGACUCAUACCAGUUAAAAUAGAUGAGAAGGUUGACACUCCCAAAAGACGAAGCCGAUCAUCAUCACAUAAUAAAAAGGUGGAUGGCAGAAAUAUUGAUUCCAAGCAAGUUGAAUCAACAAAUGUUUUGGAAUCUUCCGUUGAAAAAUCAGACAUGGAAAGGAAUAUAGUCAACUUGGGACUCGUACCGGUUAAAGCAGUUAAGGAGAAGGCUGACACCCCGAAAAGACGAAACCAAUCAUCAUUACGUAGUAAAAAUGUGGAUGGUGGAAAUAUGGAGUUGGAGCAAGUUGAAUUGACAAAUGUUUUGGAACCUUCAGUUGCAAAAUCAGGAAUGGAAAAUGAUACAGCCAACAAGGGACUCACGCCAGUUAAAAUUGGUGAGGAAAAGGUUGACAUCCCGAGAAGGCGAAGACGAUCAUCGUUAUAUAAUAAAAACGUGGAUGGUGGAAAUACUGAUUCAGAACAAGUUGAAUCAACAAAUGUUUUGGAAUCUUCAGUUGAAAAAUCAGACAUGGAAAGUAAUACAGUCAGCUUGGGACUCAUACCAGUUAAAGUAGAUAAGGAGAAGGCUGACACUCCCAAAAGGCGAAGCCGAUCAUCAUCACAUAAUAAAAAGGUGGAUGGCAGAAAUAUUGAUUCCAAGCAAGUUGAAUCAACAAAUGUUUUGGAAUCUUCAGUUGAAAAAUCAGACAUGGAAAAUAAUACAGUCAACUUGGAACUCGUACCGGUUAAAGCAGUUAGGGAGAAGGCUGACACCCCCAAAAGACGAAGCCAAUCAUCAUUACGUAGUAAAAAUGUGGAUGUUGGAAAUAUGGAGUUGGAGCAAGUUGAAUUGACAAAUGUUUUGGGACCUUCAGUUGCAAAAUCAGGAAUGGAAAAUGAUGCAGCCAACAAGGGACUCGCGCCAGUUAAAAUUGGUGAGGAAAAGGUUGACACCCCGAAAAGGCAAAGCCAAUCAUCGUUAUAUAAUAAAAAUGUGGAUGGUGGAAAUAUUGGUUCAGAGCAAGUUGAAUCAACAAAUGUUUUGGAAUCUUCAGCUGAAAAAUUGCAGGAGGAAAAUAAUUCCAUCGACAUGGGCUGCAUGGCAGCUAAUGAGAGAAUGGGUAACAUUGGCAAAAGAAGAGGCAGACUAUCAUUACGUAACAAAAAUGUGGAAGCUGCAGCUGAUCAGUUAAUGCAAACUGAAAUUACAAAUGUUUCAAAAUCUUUAACUGCACAGUCAGAAGUGGAAAAUAAUUUGGUUGAUGUGGGACGCACUGCAGUUAAAAUAGAUGAGGGAAAGGUUGACACCCCCAAAAGACAAGGCAGACCAUCAUUACAUAAUAAAAUGGAAGCUGCAGAUAUUUACUCAGAACAAACUGAACUUGCAGAUGUUUUGGAACUUUCAAAAUCCUGUGGGGAAAUUAAAUCGGUCAAAAUGCAAUGCACCCAAGUUAAAAUAGAUGAAGGGAAGUCUGUCACACCCAAAAGACGAGGCAGACCAUCGUUACGCGACAAAAAUGUGGAAACUGUAGAUGUUCAAGGAGGGCAGGCUGUAACAACAGAGGUUUUGGAGUCUUCAGUUACUGCAAAAUCAGAGUUUGAAGCUAAAUCGUUGGAAAUGCAGCAUGCUGGCACCCCCAAAAAUAGAGGUAGAUCAUCACUAUGUAAGGAAAAUGUGCAAACUACAGAAGUUUCAGAUCCUUCAUCAGAGUCACCUACACUGAGAGGUGGUGCCUCUCUAUCUUCACCAUUUCAGCUAAGUAAAAGGAAGGAAAGUAAUGUGGCUGAAGACCCGACCAAAGUAGAAAGCCUGAAGAGAAAGGAUCGGACAUCUAGAAGUCCACAUGGAGACUUGACUAAUAAACAAACUGAGAAAAGAAAAGGCCAUGUGGGGCUGAUGAAUGUGGCUGUUGAAGAAUUGGAUAAGUCUUCAUUUGCAGACGUUAAACAAGAUCAAUUCACCAGCAGCGAAGAAUCUCCUUCAGCUUCAGAUGUCCAAUGCUUAUCCAAAAAGCGCAGAAGUGAAAAUGAAAUUUUUUAUGGACCAGUUUUAAAGAGAAAGAGAGUCUCUUUUGGUGCAAAUUUAAGUCCAGAAGUAUUUGACAAGCAUAUGCCACCAUGCUCUCCCCUACGAAAGGGAGGCACUCCGACACGAGUGAGCACGCCAUUUCGACUUGCACCACAUGCAGUGCUGAAACGUACAUCCAGUAUAGGGAUACGCACAUGUGCAAUUCAGGAAUGCAGUGAACAAAAUGAAAAUUAUACAAGUUCCAUGGUGUCAAAUAUGCCUUCAGCAAGUGCCUCUCCUAAGAAAAACAAAAUAUCACCUCACAAGGGGUCUCUAUUAACAACUAACACAAAGUCAACUACAAAGAGGUCACCUUCAGUCAAGCCACCCUCUUCAUUAACUAUUAAGCAAUCACCUAAUGUCAAGAAUUCGUCAGCAAAAAUGCCCUCCGCACCUUCUUCUGUUAAGAGGUCACCUGCUUCAGGAAUUCCAUCACAAAAGAAGGUUUCCUCAUCGGAUAACAAGAAGUCACCUUGUGCCAAAACAUCAUCUACCUUUCUAUCCAGUAGAAUGUCCCAUCCAAUCACUGCUGGUUCCUUUGGCUCUCCACAGUUGAGUGGACGUUUCUCCAUUUCUCAUGUUGCUACACCUCCCACCUUGCCUCAGUCUGUAAAGCCCUGCAUUACACCCAAGACUCUCAGUCUGGCACGGUUGGAUCCACCUCAACAGAAACCAAUUUCUGGGAAAAAGGCUUCCAGGAAAAGCACCAGAAAAAGUGUUUCACUUCUUGCAGGAAUACAAUCCAGGAGGCAGAGUGGAGCAUCAGUUGGGAACUUGUUGGUGAAAAAGUCAUGGGCACAGGUAGUGAAGGAAGGAGUAGCAAGAACUCAGUUGCAGAAUGCUGCAAAGCAACCUGCUGCAAAGCGAAAACGGGCCAGGAAUGUUGUCUCCUUGAAAGUGACACCUGCUCGUGUAAUGAAAGAUCAUUUUAGUACCGGUCAUGCUGCUUCUCCAGCAACAAUAGUCAUCGGCAAAUCGCAAGCUACCAAUGCUAAACCAACUGGACAGGCCCCACGGCUAACAAGAACUGUUUCACUGAGACAGAGGGACAAAGAAAUGGAUGAAAGCUUUACAGGUGUGGCUGAAAUGUUCAGUACUCCCAUAAGUGUAAAUGAGAAAGCAAAUCUAAUACUACAAGGCUCGACUAUUGUUGAUGAUGCUCAAACUGCUUUGGUUCCAAUAUUCCAAAAAAUACUUGAAAACUCUGCUACUGAAACACCCGAGGAAGCUGGUGUAAAGGCUGUUACACCACCAACCAUCCCUAGUGCAAGAAGUGUAGGACACAGAACAGUUUCGCGUCUACUAAAAUGCCGAGCUGAUUUAUCUUGUAGUUCAAACAGCCCUUGUGAAACCACAUCCAAGGUAAUUGAAAUUAGUAGUGAAGCAGAAGACAUUGGAGAACUACAAAGAAUUAUGAAGACACCCAGAGUGAAAGGGCAGCCUGUGGAAGACAUGGUUGGGGUGAAACGAAUCAUGAAGACACCCAGAGUGAAAGGGCAGCCUGUGGAAGACAUGGUUGGGGUGAAACGAAUCAUGAAGACACCCAGAGUGAAAGGGCAGCCUGUGGAAGACAUGGUUGGGGUGAAACGAAUCAUGAAGACACCCAGAGUGAAAGGGCAGCCUGUGGAAGACAUGGUUGGGGUGAAACGAAUCAUGAAGACACCCAGAGUGAAAGAGCAACCUGUGGAAGACAUGGUUGGCCUGAAAAGAAUCAUGAAGACACCCAGAGCUAAAGCAAAGCCAAUGGAAAAUUUUGUUGGGCUACACAAGCUAUUAGCAGAACCUAAACAAAAACCAGAGAGUCCCGAGAUCAGUUAUAUUGGAAUUAAAAAUGUGUUCUGUGCAGAAAAAGAGAUGGAAAACUGUGACUAUAGUGGUUUGGGUGAAAUGUUUUCAACACCUGUAAAAUCUGGAAGUAUUUCUGAUUCUGAGCUUCAAUUCCGUUCAGGAAGUUCAAAUAAACCUUCAACAUUACUUGAGAUAUAUGGUGAUAGACAGGCAACUGACCCAUCAGAAAAUAAUGUGAUUCAGACUGUGGAAAAUGGAGCAUCUAGAAAAGAAACACCUUCAAGCGGAACCGAUCGUAAUUCAAGUCUAACACCAAGAGCUCGGGUGACAAGGACAAGAGGUGUUCAAGCCAAAAGUGUAUCCUCUCCAUCUUCCCAAGAAGAGUGUAUACAGCAAUCCCAUCAAGCUGAAGCUUCACGAACAUUUCCUAAGGAUGGCCUUGUUGAUUUUCCACAGACAGGAAUAGCUGAAUGCAAGGAUGGACGAUCUGUAAGAAGCACCCAAGUAUCACCAGCAACAAAAUCAUUAAAAGAAAAGAAAAUAGAAGACACUGAUGCAGAAGAAUCAAUAAAAAGUACACCAGGCAAGAAUGGGUGUGCAGCUGAAUCUAUUGAAGAAGUAAGCAAAAUGGGCUUAACGAAGAAAAUCCUAGAUGCUGAUGUGAAAAUAUUUAUGCCAAACAAAAUCACACCAGGCAAGAAACCAUCUCCUUGCAAGCAGACUGUGGAAGUAAAUAUGUUCAAUCCACAAAGAUCAUCAAAAGAAAAGGAUAAAAUUCCUAAUAUUCCCAAUGUUGAAUUUGAAACGCCUGAAGGUACAACAAAAGGCACUAUAAUGAGUAAGAAUGAAUCUCCAGACAAAAAAAUAGAACUGAACUAUCUGGUUUCCCCAAUAACUAAGUCAUUGAGAGGGAGGAAGAAUGUAAAAGAUGUUCAAAGUGCCAAAGUGAAAGAAUUAUUCACACUCGGUAAAAUUACACCAACUGAGGAGUCUCAAGAUGGGCAGAUUUGUGAAGUAAAAGAAAAUGCUUCACCAGGAAGAAAAACAUUAAAAGACAAGGAAAUUCAAAAUGUUCAAGAUGCUAAAGUAACCAAAAAAAGACCACAAAGGAAGAAGGAAACUAAAAACUCCAAAAUUAAUGAUGUGGAAGAGACAGCUUCUGUUGCAAAGGUCUCACAAAAUAAGGGAGCACAGUGUGCACAAAUCGAGCUAGUUAACUCUCCUUUGGAAAAGUUAUCACAAGAAAAGAAUGAAAUUGUGAAUGUUGAAUUUGAGCUAAUGAAAAAUAGACAAGUGUUGCCAAAAAUGUCCAUGAAAAAUAUAGGAGUGAAAGAUCUUCCAGUUGAAGAUGUAAAAGCACCCAUUGCAACAGGAAGACCACGGCGAAGAAAGAACAUCAAUACUGAAGAAACAGAGAUGCAGAAACCAUCUAAAACAACAAUUACAAGGAAAAAGGCAGCUUGUUGUACACAAAUUGAAGUUGUAAAGGAAUCCAGCAGCAAAGAAAUAGUAAAUUCUGUCCCAGAGGGUUCUGUUAGAGAGGAAAUGAGGUCUGAAAAUGUGGAAGUUCCUAAAAAGGUGGACUGGGCUGGCUCCAAAUAUAGAUCCACAAGAGGAAAGAGAGUAUUUGAAGAAUUGCUUUCAGAAGAUUUUAAACAGGGAUCUGCUCCAGUAAAGAGAUUGCGAGAAGGGGAAGAACUGGAUGAAACUCUACCAAGGAAAACUGUACACUGGGGUUCUAACCUGACAUCUCCCAAAGUAUCUGACAAAACAGUAGAGAUAUCAGAAGGGACAUCUAAUGGAAAAGAGGUACCUAAACGGUCAUGCAGAGGAAAAGUUGCAAUAAAGAAAGUAAGUAGGAAAGUGGCAUCUAAAAGUCCAAACAGUAAAAUAAUUACUGAAGUAAACAAAUUCCAUGAAUCAGAUGAACAGCCAAAGGGGAGCCCAGAACAAAAAGAAAUUAAUGUGCCUUGUGAACCACAGUUGAUAAAAAAAGAGAAAAACAAUGAUGAUGAAAUGAAGAGGGAAGAAAGGGAGAUAAAGCAGCAUGCAGAAUCUGCCCUAAAACUAGCACCGUCACCAAUAAAAAGAUUGCUGAGAAAGAAGGCUGGACAGAAACUAACUCAAAAUAAAGAAGAAGAUGUAAAAGAAUUACCUUGUACAAGAAAAUUGAGAAGAAACAUAACAGAGCAAAAGUUAAAGGCAACAAUUGAUGAUGGACCACAUGUUCCGGUAAAGAUUCAUUCAAGCAGAGAACAAAACCAUGUGUUGAAUGAAGAGGAAAGUAUGCCUUCAUCAAGGAUAAGGGAAAAAGGCAAGCAAGCAAAGGAAUCGCUGACUAAAAACAAGGAACAAAGUGACCAGCAGCAAACUGUGGACAUAGUUGAUGUACAGUUAGAUACUACAAAUGAAAAUGAACCCCCCAGUCAAAAAAUAAAAGGCAAAGGUCGUCAACGAGGAAAGACUUCAGCUAAGGGAACCUCUGCUUGCCUGUCAAAUGUUGAAGGUGUUUCUGUCAGAGAAGGGAAAGCCCAUUUGAAUGUUUCUGUUGAUUGCACUGAAGUGGUUAGUAAUUCAGAUAAGAUUGAAGCUAUCAAACAAACUAGAUUCUCAAGUAAAGGCAAAGUUAGUAAGACAGCAGCAGGAGUAUCAGAAGUAACACAUGACACCAAAAAAACAGAUACAAUAUUGACUCCAGUGUAUGAAGAAAAUGCUCGGCCUAAGAGAAACAUUAGGAGGGGAAAAUCUGAAAAAGAAUUGGAAAUAACUGAUACUGUUGAGAUCCCCAGAAAGGGUGGCCGUGGAACGAUUAAAAGAAACACUUCGGCUGGAAGCAAUCAAGAAUUAAUUAUGGAUGUAACCAAAAGUAAACAGGUGGAGAAUUCAGUCAACAAAGUUGAAAAGAAGAGAUCCAGGACAGGACAAAACAAUAUCAAGGAAACUGCUACACUUUCAGUUGCUCAAGGAGGGAAGGAUCAAGUAACAAAUAAAAGGGGGAGAACUAAUCUUCGUGAGCAGAGAGAUGAUGAUGAGAAUCUUCUACGUGGGAAAGAGAAGACAGAAGAUAAUAGUAGAGAACAAGAGACUGGAAUCAUAUCAAUGGAUUCUUCACAAGUAUCUAAAAGGGUUACAAGAGCUAAAAAAUCAUGUGAAGCCACUGAAAUGGAACAGAAAUUACUUCAACCACCGGCCAGUGGAUCGCUUACACCAGUAUCUGCGCAUGCCUCAAAAAGAACCUUAAGAGGCAAGCCCACUGUUGCAGAAACCACAGCUGAUGUACCUGCUAAGAAAGCCAAGAAAGAACAGAUGACUGGAAAGGAAACGAGCCAGUGCAGCAAAACGGGUAGAGCUACUGCAAAAAAGGUGCUUUCUAUAUCACCACAAACUGCCAAGCCAAGAGGUCGCACAACCAGGUUGAGAAAGUAGAAAAUUCCAGAUGCAAUCUUAUCCUAUAUACAUGUACAUUGCUGAAGUUAGACUAUAGAUGCACCAAUCAGUUUUCUAAUUUGCUUGUUAUUUUAGUGCACUUAAGUGGGUACAAAACUGGUGAACUUGUGAUUCUGCAUAUUUUGUUUAGUAAGGUCAUUUGAGGGAAAUAAUAUAUUAAUGCUAUAUUGGAAUUCUGAGAAAAGUAUGAUGUUUAAUUUAGAAAUUUGUAGGGAGGGGAUAAAUCUUAUAAGCAUGUCAUUUAAUGAGCAAUAUGUUGAUUCUGAAGAUGCAAGCUCCAACUGCAAAAGCUUUUAUUUUUCUUUUAAGUAUUUGCAUCAAGUAUUGGAAUUGUAUAAAAAGUGCAUUUUAUACUCUGGUUCAAUUUUUGUUGCAAAAAUUAAUAUUAGCAAUAAAUUUUGUACAUCAAG